AUGCCCAGGGAUCAGGCCACACACCAGUUCUGCACUAAUCCACCAACACCGGCUUCUGGCGCCGGACAGCCCAAUACAUCCAAAAGUCAUGCACGCAGCAUUCCCAGCGAGCGGAACAUAUCCACACCUAUUGGCAAUGGCGACGGUGUCAAUGCAAUGAUGGGUGCUGUCGAGGAAGAGCGUGCUAGCCAAGGGUUCUUCGGAAGCUCUAGCGCUGCAGGGUUUAUGCGUCAAAUUAGGACUGCGGUCGACAAGAGAGUAUCGUCUCCUCACCAGGGGUCAUCGAAAAGCCAUACUGUUAUUCCGUCCAGUAUCAUUCCGAAAAGGUCUGAAAGACCACAGUCCUCAUUUGCAAACUAUGUGCUACCGCCGCGGAAAAUGGCAGACAGCCUCAUGCAGGUGUACUGGGACUAUGUUUUCCCAUUAUACCCGUUUCUGAUUCCAGCCGAAAUGAAGGAAGAGUACAAAAAGAUUUGGAAGGGUGAUAGUCUGGAGUAUGAUGAAAGCAUGCUAAUGUGCACUCUAAACGUUAUUUUCGCUCUGGCAAGUCAGUUGGCUGAUUUCAUGCCGCCGACAGAGCGAGAAACCUCCGCAGAUGUUUUCUUCUCUCGCGCCAAAGGUCUAUUUCAGUUUAAUUUAUGGGACACUGGCUCCAUGGGCCUGAUUCAAUGCUUGCUACUUAUGGCUCAAUACCUGCAAAGCACUGAUUCUGCACACCAAUGCUGGAUUGUCACUGGACUCGCAAUCCGAAACGCACAAAGUUUGGGGCUUCAUCUGCCUCAAACUAUCAACCGCCUCGAGACCUUUCGAGAACGGCAAUUGGCGUGCAAAAUAUGGCACGGUUGUAUUUUGAUGGACAGAGUCAUAUCUAUGACAUUUGGACGUCCUGCGAUGAUCUCGAAGACUUCUAGUGGUGCAGUGCCUCUUCCAGCAGCCGUGGAUGAGGAAUAUAUCCCCCCUGGAUCAAAUGUGGAGGUAUCCCAACCAUCGAACCUGCCGUCCAUUAUGGCAUUCUUUGGGAAGUCGUUGGAACUAUACGAGAUUAUGAACGACAUUCUUCUAAACCUUUACAAGCCUAUGACAGAUGAAGGUUCAGAUGACAUUCAUGAUUUCUACUUUGACAAUGUUGCCAGCGAAGGUGAUAGGACUAUCUUCGAGCUCGACCGCUCUCUGACGCGAUGGACACGAAGCCUUCCUCCCCAUUUACACGGGAAUUCCCCAUUGCUACCUGAUAAUCCUAUUUUUUGCCGCCAAAGUAUUGUCUUACGCGCAAGGUUUUUACACGUUCGGAUGUUGCUUUUCCGGCCGACUCUAUCCAAAUAUUGCGCUAUCCGAGAUAGUUCAUCAGCAGAUCCAUUUAUAUCGAUGGACCACUCAUUCCCCCAUCGUGUUGCACUUCAGUGCUCUACAAUAUGCGUCAAGGCUGCACAGGAAUCAAUUGAGCUCAUUUACAAUAACGUUCCUGCGGAUGGCACCGGUGGCCCGCUUCCAGCCUGGUGGUACAACAUACUCUAUGUUUAUACGUCUGCCACAGUUUUAAUCGCGGGUCGCCUGUGCUCUGCGAUUCUUGCUGAAGUAACAGAAGACUCCGUCACACGCUCCUGGCACUGUGCACUCGAAAUUCUCCGCAAAUAUGAAAGCUACAGCACGUCUGCUCGACGCUGCGUGGCUGCCCUUGAAAUUCUCUAUGAACAAGUUGUAUCUGAGGGAUUGCCGCCUCCGAACCAAACUCCUCGUCCAGAAGUCUCUGUCAACUCGGCAAAUGCAUUCAAUGAGAUGUCAUUCGGAGAGGGCAUGAAUGCAGCCUUCUUAGACAGCUUUGAACUUCCCGACUUUCAGGAUAUGUCUUGGUUGAAUAGCGUCCCAAGUAAUCUUUUCUAG